CAUUCACUCGGAUUUCACAUUUGUUUGUCUUUUGACCCUUUCCUUCCACUCGAGUCUUGACUUCAUUUUUCCUGCUUUCUUUUAUAAACUUCUAUUUUCUCUUCAGAUCGGAUCCUGUAGAGAGUUAGAAACAGAAUGGCUUCGUUGACGCUGAAUUUGUUGAAGGACGAGCUCCCCGUGGAGCAGGAAUCUCUGGUUUUGUCUGGGGAGGUCAAGACCGGUCUCGUCCUAGUCGACCUCGUUAAUGGCUUCUGCACCGUCGGCGCUGGCAAUAUGGCUCCAAGACAACCUGAUAAACAAAUUUCUGGGAUGGUUGAUGAGUCAGUGAGACUUGCCAGAGGGUUCUGUGAGAAUAAAUGGCCUGUUUUUGCUUUCCUUGACUCGCACCACCCAGAUAUUCCUGAACCUCCGUAUCCUCGUCAUUGUAUAGCUGGAACAGAUGAAGCAAAACUGGUCCCCGCCCUGGAAUGGUUAGAGAAUGAACCAUUUGCAACACUCAAGUGCAAAGACUGCAUUGAUGGCUUUGUUGGCUCAAUUGAAAAAGAUGGAUCCAAUUUGUUUGUAGAUUGGGUGAAAAAUAAUCAAAUAAAAAAGAUUUUGGUGGUAGGGAUAUGCACGGAUAUAUGUGUGCUCGAUUUUGUGUGCACAACAUUGUCUGCUAGAAAUCGUGGUUUCCUUGCACCUUUGGAGGAUGUGAUCGUGUAUUCCCAUGGAUGUGCUACUUUUGAUCUUCCUGUUCAUAUUGCCAAAACCCUAAAAGAUGCUAUAGCUCAUCCACAGGAGCUAACGCAUCACGUUGGCCUUUAUAUUGCCAAGGGAAGGGGAGCCAAGGUAGUGUCAGAGGUAACAUUUGGUGCACCAAAAGAGCCAUGAUAUUCGUGGUUUGAGAUUCAAGCUUUCUCAUAUGCAGAGAGUGCAAAAUGUAGUGAAAAUGGAGAUGGUUUAGUUAUAUCUGUUAAUUUCUAAUCAUGCUAUAAUGUCACUAUCUCAGUAGUAUUAUUAUUAGAAAAAAAUAAAAAUAUUUAUCCUUAUAGAAUAAAAAUUAUUAACUAAA